AUGGGGUGUGGUGGAUCAAGGCCUGACAAUAGAGCUGAUGUGUUGCCAGCCAAACUUCGGCCCCUUCUCUGGAAGAGGUAUGAGGAGAUGAAAAGACAGAAAAAUGCACGUAUUGUGAAAGAUUCACCCAACCAUUCUAAGAAAGAACUGCUUAAAGAUGGCGUUUCCGAUGGUGAUAGCUCUCCAAGAGAUAAUGAUCGCAGGAGUAUAUCCUCACAAGAGGAUGAUGUGAAGGUGGCACCGGCCCCAGAAUGCGACGAAACAACGACUGAAAAUGUUAAGAUUGCCAAGGCUGUGGAAUUAAAACCAGAAUUCAACAAACAAUGUGAACAAGCAACAUUGCCUGCAGGCUCUAUAAAUAUAAUAUCAAAUGAAACAAGCACACAAAUGAAGGAGGUAGAAACACCAGUGGCAGGGUCUCAAGGCUUGGCAUCAGCAGCACCAUAUAAUAAUGAAACGAGCGACAAACAAGAUAGCAAACAUGGAGAAGAUGGAGAGGACAAGACCUUGGAGGCAAUGGACACAGCCAUGAAAAAUGUGAAUGGAAUAGAAAUGUGUGGAGAUAAGAAUGAACAGGAUUCGGAACUAGAAGAUGAACUCAGAAGCAUGGAUGAAAGUUGCAUAUGUCCAGGAUCGCCGAGUUUCAGAGUAUAUUUUAUUGAAUCAUCAACUAACACAGAUGACGAAGAUAAGGAUGAUGACACAGACAAAAAAUCAUCAAGUGAUCAGGACAGCAGCGAGGUCAUUGAAUCGGUGAAUUCUAAUGAGCUCUCAAGGACCAUCGAAAAGAAGAAAGGAAAGAGAGGGCGAAGAUUCAGGGUCAUUCCUAAGGGAAAGAAUCUGCUUAAAGUUAAAUCAUGCUACUAUCCUAGUUGCUCUGGUGGCCAUGAUAAAGCUCGUCUUCUUAGUCAAUAA